CCAUCCUAUUUUUGUUGUCCUUUAGGAAGCAAACUGCUGAUUUUGGUGCUUUGUUUGAACAUCCAGUCAGAAGUGGAAUCUUGCCCCGGGGCAUGUGUAUGCUACAGUGAGCCCAAGAUUACAAUAAGUUGUCAGCAGCAAGGACUGACAGCAAUCCCCACUGAGAUCCCUAUACAGAGCCAGCGCAUCUUCCUGCACAACAACAAGAUAACCUUAGUUAGGUCCACCAGCUUUACAUCGUGUCGCAAUAUGACCAUACUUUGGAUCCAUUCCAAUAACAUCAGCCUCAUUGAGCCAGCAGCAUUUUAUGGACUUGACAAACUGGAGGAAUUAGACCUCAGCGACAACAUGAAUCUGAAGUCCAUCAACCCAACCACGUUCCGGGGCCUCAUUCACCUUCACGUCUUACAUCUGGAUCGCUGUGGGCUCCUGGAACUCUCCACAGGCCUUUUCCGAGGAUUGUUCUCCUUACAGUAUCUCUAUCUUCAGGAUAAUAAUCUGCAGAAUUUGUUAGAUGAUACCUUCAUGGAUCUUGCAAACCUAACCUAUCUGUUUUUGCAUGGUAAUAAAAUUAAGAGCUUGUCAGAGAAUGUUUUUCGUGGGCUGAUCAACCUGGAUCGGCUCCUGCUGCACCAGAAUAGAGUCAGUCUGGUCCAUCACAGGUCUUUUCAUGACCUUGGGAAAGUGAUGACCUUGUUUCUAUUUAAGAACAACUUGACAGUGCUCACUGGAGAAACAAUGGCUCCCUUGGUGUCCCUCCAAUACCUACGUUUAAAUGGGAACCAGUGGAUCUGUGACUGCCAGGCUAGGUCACUCUGGAAUUGGUUCAAACAAUUUAAAGGAUCAUCAACAGAGCUGGAAUGCUAUCUGCCCCCUCACUUGGCAGGGAGAGACCUCAAAAGACUUCAGAGCAGUGACUUGGAGGGAUGUGCUGACUCUUUCAAUCAAAUAAGAACAAGUGUUUUUAGCACUAAAACCAGAUCUGGCAAACUGCCAACCACUGACCCCCCCCUAAAUUCUCAUGACAGCUCUCGGAAGUGCUGCCAACCAGAAACAGAUAAAUCUUUUAUUUAUGAAGCCAAAGGCAAAGCAGGUCCUUCUUCACACAGUAGCCGACCAUCCCCCAUCAACCCUCUCAAGGAUAAGGAAAACAUGUCCAAAACCAAGUACAUUGAAACAGACCCUACCAAAAAUGGCAGCAACAAGCAGAUAAAUGACUCCCCUUUUGGGACCUUUCCCAGCAUUGUAGACCCUCCAUUGACCAAGUUGAAACCAGAGUUCCUAGAACCCAUUGAACCUUCCACAGUCCCUACCAAAAAGAGGCAGGGAUGCUCUAGAAAGAACAAGUCUAAGGCCCAGUGCCGCCUCACCCAGCAAGGAAACAGCUCCACAUUACAGCUGAGUCUAAGUCUUUUGAUUCCCCCCUUGGUGUGGAGCUUACUCUUGUUCUGCUGAAACCAACUCUUUCCUUUGGUUGAUGACACUUUAAUACCAGACUUGCUGACCUCCAUAAAUGUUGCAAAUGAGAAGUAAGCUAUCAUACACCCUGAGAGAGCUUUCUUACACAAAAAGUUAACUGGAUGCCUUUAUUAAAAAAAAAAAAGACAAAAAAACCUAAGGUGUA